AUGCCGUUAUUCAAGACGCUGCGUCGACGCUCGAAGGCUAGUUUCACUACCAGCAAGUCGCCGGAGACCAAGUCCAAUGAAUCUCAGUCGAACGGCGAUGUGACUUCGGGGCAAUCGUCAUCCACCCUGGAAACCGCUUCGUCCAGCUCUCUCACCCCACCUUCCUCGAUCAAGCCUACCUUGUCUGCUCCCAACCUUCCCUCGCUGAGUGAAAGUCAAAGCACACCCAAUAGCGCAGUUUCGCCCCUUUCCGUGCCGCAUCAACGGCCUGGCCCCCUCACGAGCUCAUCUCAGCGAAAUAGCGCCUAUUUUGGUAGUACUAUGUCGGUGAAUGGAGUAGGACGGUCGCCCACUCCUUCUUCUCCCUACGCUCCCCGCAUUAUCUCUGUCUCCGAUAACGCUUGGGUGCACCAUAAAGUAUUGCUUGUUUACGGCCAAAUUGGGGAUCCGCGACAACAUCCGCUGGACGGAACCGUCACGGUCUACCAUCACCAGGAUAGCUUCCCGUCAACAUCGUGGCCGGUCACGUCUUCGCACUUCAAGACUUUGGUCCAUCUGGUCCCAGGCCCCAACCGACUGCGCUUCGAAUUCAUGUCGAGCAAACACUCGUCAGGUAGCGCUCAUCAGUCGGUACAUUCGUCCUGGAUCUGCAUCAACUAUCUCCCCCUGGUCAAUGCCCCGCCUCUACAACUAGUGAUCCUGCUCGGCAAGGACUCGGAUGGUACUUUUGAUACCCCUCCAGAGAAGCAACAGCGGGAAGGGAGUGGCCUCGAAACCGCUAUUCAAAAGUAUCGAAUGGCGGCAUACCUGUGGCAGGCCUUUACUGGGGAGCAGAUGUACCGCAACAAUCUUGGACGGCGCUGCUUCCGACUUGAAGACGAGUGGCAGAUGGGUACCUCAAGCCGGCGUGACGCUACGACCCGCCAAAUGCGAAACGAGGCGAAAAUCCACGUGGUGCGGACCGACAAAACGGUCGCCGAACUUCGAGAUCUCGAUAUCGCGCAGCAGAAUGGCUCCGCCACCCAGAAGGAUGAGCUGUUUCGGAUCGCGAGAGAUGCCGUGAAGGACUACUUUCACCUUCAACCGGGCCAGAAACAGUAUGUCUCCGUGUUGCUUCUGGACUCACACUGGGACACUGGCUCUCAAGUGAUUACUGGUCAUGCCGCCCUGGGCUCGGAUUCUGGAGAUCUCAAGCUAGCGAUUUUUGGCUCCCAUAGCCUACACAGCUACCCCUCCAACAUGGAGGAGGUUGUGGACUGCUUCUCUGAUUGCACCAGGACUAAUACUGAAUUUGUAGCUAAUGACUGUGGGGAGGCUGGAUCCAGCUGGGAAGCUGCUAAUAUCGGUAUUGGAGCUCAUCUUCAUGAGGUAGGUCACCUUUUCGGGUGUCCACAUCAAGAAUCCGGGAUUAUGCUCCGGGAUUAUGUCCGUCUGAAUCGGUCCUUCCUCACGCGCGAGCCAUUUUCUACCCGCACGAAGACACAAGGCCUUAAACUGUGCUUACCCCAGGACGAAUGUGGCUGGCAUCGACUUGACGUUCUGCGUUUCCGCUUUCACCCCUGUUUCCGGCUUCCCGGCGAUGCCCCUAUAGGUUCCGACGACAGUCUUCAGGUCUGGCCCGUCGAGAACGGCAAAAUCGUUCUCACGGCCCCAUCAGGAAUCGCAUUCAUCGAACUCUAUGCUGAAGGUGACAACGUUUGCCACAAUUUCAUCGAGUACAUGAAUAGUGAGUCGAGCAGCAACGGACUCCCAAGGCAGGUCAUCGUAACGGAAAGUGAAAUGCGUCAACGUGUCUUCGGCAACGACAAAGAGAAGAAGAAGGGCGUCAAAAUGAUUGUUUACUCUGGAGCUCUCGGCAGUCACACCGUGGAUUCAAUCAGCUCCUUGAAGUCGAAAUUAUCCUUGGUGAAACUCCCCAAAAGCCACACCGGCUAUAAGGGUAGACAACUGGGACUUUCUCAGUUGGAGGGAAGUCAACCGGAGCAGGUGCUGUUGGAUUGUGCGUUCAUCUCGACCAAGCUCCUGAUAUCGGUCCGGAUCUAUCACGGCGACGCAGUCAAUGGAUUGGAAUUCUUCUAUGAGGAUGCUACGAGCCAGCUCUUCGGUAACCGAGAUGGCAAGCCUGGCGGUGACGAUUUCGUGCUCGAUACCCGAAGGGGGGAGAUUCUACUUGGUUUCUAUAUUCGAGCCGGUCACUGGAUUGAUGCUAUUGAGAUCUUGACCAGCCAAGGGAGGAAAUCUGGCAUGUUUGGAAAUGCUCAGGGAGGUUCAGGACACACUUUGAUCCCUCCUUUGGGAUACAAGAUUGCCGGAAUCACGGGGUCCAGCGGGCCUUGGAUUGAUGGAUUCUCACUCGUCAUCAUGCACUGA